AUGAAGGGUGAGAUUGAAGUUAGAGACGCUUCGAAUGAGUCGCUGGUUGUGUUCAGCACAUCAGUACCGAACGCGACAGAUAAUUUCGGUGGGAUGCCACCGAAACUUUGCAUCUUUUUCGGUUGGAUUUCACCGGUGAGAAACUUAAUAUUCGGUGGGGAUCCACCUAACUUAUUGCCAACCACAAAUUUAAUCCAAGCUAUUUUGAUCUUACUCCCAUUGAAGGAACAAAAUCAAGGUGACGCCCCUACUGAAGGCAACAAUGUGGGAACAGAAUGUGUAAUGGACUAUAGUGAUCAAUUCACAACUUAUUCGAUAUUUAAUGGUAGAGAUGCAUUACUUCGAUGGGCUCGUGAACAAGGAAAAUUGAAUAAUAUUGUCAUUGUAAUUAAAAGGUCUGAUUAUGGAGGUGAGGGCAAGAGGAAACCUCGUGUAAUACUUGCUUGUGAGAGGAACGGUAACUAUAAGUCUUGCAAGUCUAGUGAGACAACUGAUAUAAGAUCGGAUGCAAAUAGUGAUAUGAAAAAAUGUGCUAGAGACACUGGUACCAAGAAAUGUGGAUGCCCAUUCUUGUUAAAAUGUGGAUGUCAUGGUAGACCGUAUGUUUGUACCCUCUAA